AUGGCCUAUGACAGAUAUGUGGCUGUCUGUAGGCCUCUGCAGUAUCCAGUCCUCAUGAGGAGCAAAAUAUGCUAUAUUAUGUCGGUAGGUGUCUGGUUUUGGACUUUUGUACAGGCAUUGAUUUCUUGUCUCUACGUCCUGCCUCUUCCCUACUGCAAGACUAAUGUGAUUAUUCAUUAUGAUUGUGAGCUUCCAGCCCUCAUACAAUUGUCUUGUUCAGACUAUUCUGCAUUGGAAAAGACAAGAUAUUUUCUCAAUCUGCUAUAUUUUCUCAUCCCUGUCUCAGUCAUCCUUGCUUCCUAUCUGGCCAUUCUCUUGCAGGUUCGGAGGAUGAAGCCCAAAAAAAGGAGCCACAAAGCCUUGGGCACCUGCUUGUCCCACUUGUGCGUGGUGGGGUUCUUCUACGGAGCGGCUAUUUCGACCUUCAUGAUACCCACAUCCUCCUAUUCAGCAGAAAGGGCUAGUAUCAGCUCCCUGUUUAUAACUGUUUUCCCUGCCAUGAUUAACCCUUUCAUAUAUAGCCUGAGGAACCGGGAUGUUUUAGCCGCAUUCAGAAAAGUGAUUUCAAAAUAG